AUGUUGAGGGCCAGUUGCAAGGUAUUUACCAGACGCCAAAGUACGUCUCUUCUGCCCCAGUUCAAAAUAAAAGAUCUAGAGUUCCUCAGGGACAAGGGUAUCACUGGGUUGUACUCUUCAAAAGGACUCAACAAUGUCUGGUACGACAAAGCUGACUACUGUCGAGAAAACUUGAACCAGCUCCUUCAACAAUCGGUGAACAAAAAUGCAUUAUUGUCUUGUUUCUUGAACAAAUCGCUUGACAAAGGUUCGAUACAUUUGAGCGACACAUCAGACAGCAUAGACAGGCUCAAUCAGCUUAUCUCAACCGCUGCUCAAUCAUGCGAGGGCAGUGAAUCUUUCACUGUUGAUCACGAGAUCUAUAAUCUUUCCACACAGCUGUACAACCAUCAUUUUGCCAUGUCUAGUCUAAAUUCAGGUGGUAACGAGUCUAACCGUGUCUACAAGCCAGAUGCAAGUGAACUAUUAAAGACGCAUCCUAACACUGAUGUUUCCAUUUCGUUAUCCCAUGACGCUCAACUGUUGAAGCAGAUCAAAUCCUCCUUUGGAUCGUUGGAGCAAUUGAAAACUCUUUUGAUCAACUCUAGUCUGGCCAUCAAGGGAAAUGGUUUCACCUGGUUAAUUGCACUCUUCAGUAAAUCCGACUCAAAGUUGUUUCUGGAUGACUUGUAUGUGGUCAAUUCUUACAACAACGGAACUCCAUCCGAUCGUUUGAAGAACGGCCAAUUGGACGACUUCAGAGCAUUCAUCAAAGAAGGGAACUCGAAUUCUGAGUUUGUCAAGGACUACCAUCAAAACGACUCCUUCGAUUUUGUUCCCCUACUAGCCAUAAAUGCAUCCCCCUAUGCCUACCUGUCCGACUACGGCGUCUUUGGUAAAAGGGUCUACUUAGAGAACGUCUGGAAUUGCAUAAACUGGCCAACGGUAGCCUCAAGAUGGCCCAAAGAGGCCUGA